CACUGCUGACAUGGUGGAGGCUUGGGCUGAAGUCCUGGCACUGAUCGUGGCACUUCUGGGCCUCACAUUUUUGAUACUGGCAAAUGAAACUGAUUGCUUUAGGCAGGAUGCCAAGGACCAGUUUGCUUCUGUGGGCCUGAGUAUCAGAUGUAGGGGUUUAUGGAGCGAAUGCUUAUUCGACAACACAGCAAAUAUCUGGACCUGCGACUUUCCUGUCUCUUACAUGGGAGAACUCUCUGCAGAAGUUAUUGUCAUGCGGGUUAUUGACGUAGUGACCUGUGGGAUGUGCAUCCUGGCCACACCCUUACUCGUCUGUGGAAUGAGUUGCAUCAGAUGCAUGAAUGAAACUGAUAGUUGUAAAGUCAAGCUGGUAUUGAGCAGCGGUCUGCUUUUUCUUUUUGGAGGUGUUUGUGGACUUUCAGGAACUGGCUGGUAUGCUGCUGCCACCUUGAACAAAUACAAACAGGAGGUCAUUCUGGGAAUCCCUGGUGUCACCUAUGAACUGGGCUACUCUUACUGGCUUGCUAUAUGUGGUGUGCUUUGUGAGGUCAUGGUGGGUAUUCUUCUGCUCAUCAUUUGGCGCCAUAACAGCCAGCAGCUGAACAGGAGAGAGCGUCAGAGGUGUAUGCAUCCGCCAGUGAAUACAUUACGUUUGGGUGCAAAUACCAAAACAUACCUGUAAAAUUCUGUAUUCUUAACAUGGGAUGCCACUUUUUGUGCAUCCUUGUGUGCAUAAUAUAACGCCUCUAUGAU